AUGGAAGGGCCAGGAAGCAAACCGGGCUCAGCCGGAAUUCUGGCUUCGGGUGUCACAGCUCGCAUUAUCCGUCCCGAUGGGUCUCUCGCGGGUCCAAACGAGGCAGGUGAACUCCAUGUACGUGGAGGCACCGCGGUGCUGGGAUACAAGGGAAAUAUCAAGGCAACACGAGAGACAUUCGUCGAUGGGUGGCUACAUACGGGCGACCAGAUGCGGAUUGAUGAGGACGGAGUGCUUUUCUUUGAGGACCGCACCAAGGCAAGCUUGCACCGUCUAUAUCACUCAUUGGACACACUCAAAAUUUCGGGGAUGCAAGUUUCCCCUGUUGAAAUCGAGAACACGCUUCUAGCGCAGCCGGACAAGCUGAUCGUUGAUGUAAGCGUCGCAGGUGUUUCGGGCGGGCGUAUCUCAGACGAACGCGUCCCGCGAGCGUGGAUCGUGCUUUCCCCGGCAGGCAUGGCGCUUGGUGAGAAAGAGGUCAUGGCACGACUUGAUGCAUGGGUGCAGGCGCGGCUCAGUCGGUAUAAGUGGUUGAGGGGGGGAAUCACGUGUGUGGAGACGAUUCCAAAGUCGCCAACCGGAAAAGUGUUGAGGCGGGUGCUUGUAGAUGAGUAUGCAAAGGAUGGGAAGAUGAAGGGGAAGGCGAGAUUGUGA